UACCUCGAGUUGCCUUUACCGCCUGGGGCACCUCAACCACCUCCUCUGGUAACUGACGUAUCUUGCUUCGAUCUGACUUCGUCCGCAUUCCACGUUCCCCCGUUGAGAUUCUCAUCUCAAGACGAAAACCAAACCCAUUUGUCUUCUCUAAACACGCCGCCUACUUAUCUUGACCCGUUCUUCAAUCAUGUCUAUAACUCCGAUCAUCACGUUUAAAGCGGGUAUCUGUGACUUGGAUAUAUCCGGUGAUAGCUCUACAGUUAAGCCAAAGUCUACGCCCGGUUACAUUUAUCUCUAUUCCGAAGAUGAGCUAGUACACUUCUGUUGGCGCCCUCGGACUGCUCCCCACACAGAGCCCGAAUUGGACCUGGUGAUGGUUCCAUCCGAUGGAACCUUCACGCCCUAUAAGCCAGCCGGAAAUGCGAAUCCUACGAACGGUCGGAUCUACGUGUUGAAAUUCUCUUCCAGCUCUCAACGGUAUCUCUUCUGGCUACAGUCCAAGUCUCAACACGAAGGCGAAGACCCUAGCUGGUUCAGCCCCAGGGAUCUCAAGCUUGGAGACAUUGUCAACACGCUACUUCAAGGCGAGGAUGUAGAUGUGGAACACGAAAUUGCCAACCUCCCUAGAGGUCCGUCUGAUGGUGAUGAUGAGACUAUGGAGGAUGUCGAGGGUGUGGACCAUAACCCCAGCCAUAACCAUGGUGGCAACAGUGGAGGUGCCGGACCGGAUGCAACUGGGGGAGAUAUUAGAGAAGAAGGCGAGGAAUCGAGGGAGGGUGGUGCUGACGGUGGAAGAGCGGCGGCUGCUGAUUCAGAUCCCUCCUCUGUCGUGCAGAGCUUUUUGCAGUCUUUACAAAGGAAUUCGACCCAGUCUCAGGACCCCGACAGACCGUUUACCACCCUGCAAGAUCUUCUACCCCCGGCCGCUACGCUUCCUUUCCUAGAGUCUGCAGAUGAUAAAACUGUUGAUAAUCUCUUGAGCUUCUUACCGCCUGCAUUGCUCCUCCUGGCACAAGAUGUAGAGGAAGUGUCUUCUGUUGAUGACCCUGAACUUAUGGAAGCCGUCAUGGCAUCUCUUGACCUCUCACAAAAGAAGAAUAUUCUGAGAAAAGUCCUGCAUUCGCCCCAAUUCACCCAAAGCCUUGCAAGUUUAACGGUGGCUAUCAGAGAUGGUGGAUUGCCGAGCAUUAGUGAAGCCCUCAAGAUCCCAGUUGAGAAUGGAGGAUUUAUGCGUAGAGGAGGAGUCCCAUUAGGCGGUGGUGAUGCUGUUGAGGCUUUUCUCCAAGGCGUUCGGAAUCAUGUAAAAGACUCGGAUCAGGAAAACCAGAUGGAAACCGAUUGAAUUGCAUUGAAUUGAAUAGAUGUUGAAGCAUGCCAAGGGGAAUUUGCCCCAUUGUUCUUUUUGUUUUCGAGAAUUACGAAGUAGAUACCUACCAAGUAUUUUGUAGAGUGAAGGAAAAUGAUGAUCAUCUCAUAAUACCGAAGAUUAAUAAUAGCAGUUACAUCUUGCAUUAGAGUUAUUUUUGGACAUGGCGGGACCACUCAGUGUGCUCACUUCAG